AUGGAGCGGCAGCGGGCAGCCGAGAAAGCUCUUCAUGACCAGACCAAUAUUCUGCCUCGCGGACAGCUCUUUGUUGUUUUCACCGGCCUGGCAAUCUCAUUAUUUAUUACCUUUGUGGAUCAGAAUGGCAUCAGCGUCACCCUUCCCACCAUCGCGGAGGAUCUCAAUGCCCGGAAUACCAUAUCGUGGGCAGGAACUUCGUCCCUGGUCGCCAACACCAUGUUCACAGUCCUGUACGGUCGCCUUUCUGAUAUUUUCGGACGCAAGGUAAUAUAUCUGUCAGCACUCGUGCUACUCUGCAUAUCCGAUAUCCUUUGCGGUGUCUCCGUGAACCCUGAGAUGUUCUACGUCUUCCGUGGACUGGCUGGAGUGGCUGGCGGCGGCGUCACGUCUUUAACCAUGAUCAUAGUCUCUGAUAUCGUUACAUUACAACAACGUGGGAAAUACCAAGGCAUUCUUGGUGCAGCCAUGGGGUUAGGAAACAUUAUUGGACCAUUUGUUGGCGCGGCCUUUAUUAUGAGAUCAACUUGGAGAGGUUUCUUCUGGCUUAUUGCUCCUUUGGCCGCCGUAUCCGCUGUAGUUGGCUACUUUUUAAUACCCAACAGCCACAAGAAGGACAGUUUCAUCACAAGUGUCAAGCGCAUCGACUUCCUUGGGAUCAUCACAUCGUCCAUUGCUGUUAUACUCAUCCUUAUUCCCAUAUCGGGCGGAGGGUCAUAUUUUGACUGGGACUCUGCGAUGGUGAUAAGCAUGCUUGUCAUCGGAGGCUGCUCGCUCAUCGCUUUCUUUCUGGUUGAGUGGAAGGUAGCUUCCCUUCCAAUGCUUCCAGUCAACCUUUUCAAGAAUAAGGUUAUUUGUGCCUUGUUUCUCCAGACUUUCCUUCUUGGUGCCGUCUACCAGGCGUAUCUCUACUACCUGCCUUUGUAUUAUCAAAACGCCCGUGGAUGGAGUCCGAUUAUCUCUGCGGCUUUGACCUGCCCUAUGAUGGUAUGUCAUUCGCUCACCUCCAUCGCUGCCGGUCAGUACAUUUCACGUCGCAAGCGAUAUGGCGAGCUGAUUUGGCUCGGAUUUGGCCUAUGGACACUUGGUGCCGGUCUCAUGAUUAGGUUCGACAGAACCACCAGCCCAGCUGUCAUCGCCGUGACUGUUGGCAUUACUGGAAUUGGGAUCGGAAGCACCUUCCAGCCCACAAUGAUAGCAUGCCAGGCCCACUGUACCAAGUCCCAACGCGCGGUCGUGAUAUCUGAUCGGAACUUUUUUCGUUGCCUCGGCGGCGCAUGCGGUCUUGCUGUUUCUGCUGCACUUCUACAGGCUGUUCUUCGAUCGAACCUUCCCGCAGGGUACAAGAGCCUUGCACAUUCAACCUACUCGCUUCCAUCCCGGAACAGCAUAUCGGACGCAGAGUGGAAUAUCAUUAUCGAUGCAUACGCGGCUGCAUCCCGGGCGGUUUUCAUACUGCAGGUUCCCUUGAUAGGGGCUUGUUUAUUGCUGUGCGUUCUCAUUCGCGACCGUGGCCUGGAGCGCCCGAGGGACCCAAAUGACGAGGAGGCGCCACAUCAACAGCGUCAGCCGUCGGAUAACAAGUCACCAAGUGAGGGUAAUCGUCCGCCCGACACAUUCGAGGAAAAGACCCAAAACCACUCAUCAGCUGCCUAA